AUGCUGCCCAUCACGGAACAUCUGCUGCUGCUUCUGGGGCUGGAGAAGACCGCCUUCCGCCUGUACGCCGUGUCCGCGCUCCUCCUCUCCCUGCUCUUCUUCCUCUUCCGCCUGCUGCUGCGCGUCCUGAGGCUCUGCUGGCGCUUCCACACCACCUGCCGCCAGCUGCGCUGCUUCCCGCAGCCGCCCCGGCGCAGCUGGCUGCUGGGCCACCUGGGCAUGUAUCUUCCAAAUGAGUCGGGCCUCCAGGAUGAGAAGAAGGUGCUGGACAACAUGCACCAUGUGAUCCUGGUGUGGAUGGGACCUGUGCUGCCACUGGUGGUUCUGGUGCAUCCUGACUACAUCAAACCCCUGGUGGGCGCCUCAGCUGCUGUUGCUCCCAAAGAUGACCUUUUCUAUGGCUUCCUGAAACCUUGGCUGGGAGAUGGGCUGCUGCUCAGCAAAGGUGAGAAGUGGAGCCGGCACCGCCGCCUGCUGACACCUGCCUUCCACUUUGACAUCCUGAAGCCCUACAUGAAGAUAUUCAACCAGUGCACCAAUGUCAUGCAUGCUAAAUGGCGGCGCCUGGCGGAGGGUCCAGUGGUCUCCCUUGACAUGUUUGAGCAUGUCAGCCUCAUGACCCUGGACAGUCUUCAGAAAUGUGUCUUCAGCUACAAUAGCAACUGCCAGGAGAAGAUGAGCGAUUACAUCUCAGCUAUCAUUGAGCUGAGUGCGCUGGCAGUCCGACGCCAGUAUCGCCUGCACCACUACAUUGACUUCAUCUACUACCGCACAGCAGAUGGGCGGCGCUUCCGCCAGGCCUGUGACACCGUGCACCGCUUCACCACCGAGGUCAUCCAGCAGCGGCGGCUGGCUCUGCGCCAGCAGGGGGCUGAGGCCUGGCUCAAAUCCAAGCAGGGCAAGGCCUUGGAUUUCAUCGAUGUGCUGCUCCUGGCCAAGGAUGAAGAUGGAAAGGAACUGACAGACGAGGACAUACGAGCUGAAGCAGACACCUUCAUGUUUGAGGGUCACGAUACAACAUCCAGUGGGCUCUCAUGGGUGCUGUUUAACUUGGCCAAGUACCCAGAGUACCAGGAGAAGUGCCGGGAAGAGAUCCAGGAAAUCAUGAAAGGCCGGGAACUGGAGGAGCUAGAGUGGGAUGACCUGACCUUGCUGCCCUUCACCACCAUGUGCAUCAAGGAGAGCCUCCGCCAGUUCCCACCUGUGACCCUGGUCUCCCGCCGCUGCACAGAGGACAUCAAGCUCCCAGAUGGGCGCAUCAUCCCCAAAGGAAUCAUCUGCCUGGUCAGCAUCUAUGGAACCCACCACAACCCCACAGUGUGGCCUGACUCCAAGGUGUACAACCCUUAUCGCUUUGACCCGGACAACCCACAGCAACGCUCGCCGCUGGCCUUUGUCCCCUUCUCUGCAGGACCCAGGAACUGCAUCGGACAGAGCUUCGCCAUGGCUGAGAUGCGCGUGGCAGUGGCGCUGACGCUGCUGCGCUUCCGCCUGAGCGUGGACCGAACGCGCAAAGUGCGGCGGAAGCCGGAGCUCAUCCUGCGCACGGAGAGCGGCAUCUGGCUCAACGUGGAGCCGCUACCUCCACGGGCCUGA